AAAUGUUAUCUGCUGCAGAGGUGAAGUUGAGUGGAGGUUUUACUAUUUUAAUGUUAAACAAACACACUCGACACGUUUGACGGAAUCAGCGCUGGAUAUUAACGCUGACUAAGAAAUAGUUAAUAAUAAAAGAAGUAGAAGGUCCUGUUCCAGGUCUGGUUAACUCUGUCUGAACCUGAGGCAGUCAGUCCUGCACGAAUCCACAAAGGAAGCAACUGUUGGACAAAGUCUCUCCACGAUGGCACUGGCUGGAGUAAGAGUCAUCGAACUUGCAGGCCUGGCACCAGCACCCUUUUGUGGAAUGAUUUUGGCGGACUUUGGGGCCCAGGUGAUCCGUGUUGACAGGACGAGGCCUACCAUGGCGCUGGACACACAGGGCCGAGGGAAACGAUCCGUGGCCAUUAACCUGAAGACCGCUGAGGGUAUAAUGCUGCUGAGGAAGCUGUGUCUGCAGUCUGAUGUGGUCCUGGAGCCCUAUCGUAAAGGUGUGAUGGAGAAGCUGGGCCUUGGUCCACAGGAGUUGCUAAAGGAAAAUCCUCGCCUGAUCUAUGCUCGGUUAACGGGGUAUGGGCAGAGUGGAUCCUAUGCUCUGGCAGCUGGACAUGACAUAAACUACCUGGCUAUGUCAGGUCUUUUAUCCCGUUUGGGUCGUAGCGGAGAGAAGCCUUACGCUCCACUGAACCUCUUGGCCGACUUUGGAGGUGGUGGUCUUACCUGUGCCCUUGGGAUAUUGCUGGCACUGCUGGAGAGGACGAAGUCAGGGAAAGGACAGGUUGUUGACGCGAGCAUGGUUGAAGGAGCUGCAUAUUUGGGCUCAUUCAUAUGGAAAUCUUCUCGCAUCGGUAUGUGGAACCGUCCUCGAGGAGAGAAUAUGCUGGACAGUGGAGCGCCGUUCUAUGACACAUACCAGACAUCAGAUGGGAAGUACGUGGCUGUGGGCGCCAUAGAGCCACAGUUCUACAGCAAGCUGCUUCAAGGUUUAGAGCUGGACUCUGGAGACUUACCCCCGCAGAUGAGCUUUAAUGAUUGGCCGCAACUGAGGCGAGUCUUCGCAGAGCGCUUCGCCUCAAAAACACAGGCGGACUGGACGAGGAUUUUUGACGGCACUGAUGCCUGCGUUACGCCCGUGCUAUCUUUUGAUGACGUGAGUUCGCAUCCACACAACCAGCAAAGAGGUUCAUUCAUCAAAGACUCAGACGGGGAGGAGAGUCCCAGGCCAGCUCCGGCUCUCUCUCGGACCCCCGCUGAGCCCUGCCUCGCUUCCGAUCCUUGUAUCGGAGAACACACGGUUGAGAUCCUGAAGGAAUACGGCUUUACAUCAGAGCAGAUAGAGCAGCUACUGGCAGCGGGGACUGUGGAGUGUAAUGCAGCAAAGUUGUAAUGAACCGCUUGUCCAACACUUGUGGAAAUCUACACUCGGAACAAUUAGUGUUAAAAUGCGUUGAAGUCGAUGUGCAACACACGGAGAAUCUUGAGUGCAAUUAUGAAACACCUUGGAUUUAAUGAUUAUGAGUAAUUGAGGACUUGCUAUUCAAGUCCUUUUUGUCAGAUAUUCACAGGGGAGUUUUAAUAAACAUGGGCAGGCAGAGAGAGACAGAAAAAUACCGUCUUCUGUUCAAAAAUGGGAAACAUGAAGUAGUCUGAGCCCGUUGUUUUCAUCGCAUAAUGCCCGAUGACCCCGAUGCAGACCGGUUCUCACUGUCAGAACCAUGUGAAGAGCCCGUCAUGUGUUUCCUGAUGCUUUCAGCCGCAUGUGUUUACCCUUUAUAGUUCACUCAUAGAAAAACUCUGAAAUUCAAAAUGUCACCCAUAGUUUGUUAUUGGAGGACAUAACAAGACUUUAUUACUUUUGUCAAAUAUUUCAAAUUUUUUUAUUGUCAUGUAGAAAAUCAAGGCCAAUAAAGUUACUGUAUUUGGUUUCUUGUGUUUAAGUGGCAAAAUAAUAAUAAUAAUAAUAAUUAUAAUCCACUGUAUCCACUGUAAUGCAUUCUUUUAUCCAACACUUUUCAGUUUCUAUAAACCAAGAAAUGUCUCAUAAUUACUUGAAAAGUGACUCUGAAACUAAAUAAAACCCCAACAAACUAAUCAGUUCCUCUAAUAAAUAAAUUCUGUAUAAUAAUAGUAAUAAUAAUAAUAAUAAUAAUAAUAAUAAUAAUAAUGAUAAUAAUAAUAAUAAUAAUAAUAAUAAUAAAACCAAGAAAUGUCUCAUAAUUACUUGAAAAGUUACUCUCAAACUAAAUAAAACCCCAACAAACUAAUCAGUUCCUCAAAUAAAUAAAUUCUGUACAAUAAUAAUAAUAAUAAUAAUAAUAAUAAUAAUAAAAAUAAUAUUAAAUCCAAGAAAUAUAUACAUAUAGGGUUAAGCAUUUACCAAUUUUACUAGAUCUUGUUUUCCACAAUGCACAUGCAGGAGAAUAACAUAUUGGUAAAUUUCAUAAGAAUUGUAAGAAUGCCCCCCCCCCAAAAAAAACAAAACAAAACAAAACCAAAAUGUACACAUACAUAGGUGGUUCCACAUAUCACCAAAACCUAAUAUCUGUCAGGGAGAGGAGAAUUUCAGGUAUAGUGGAGAGACAGUGCUGUGCUAUUUAAGGUCUGCUGUGGUUCUUUGUUGGUGUUAAUAGGGCACUCAGAUGGAACUCCUGACAUCUGGAGGUAUUUCUAAGAGCCUCACUCUCCAUCUUCAUCUGGACUCCAUUCACUCUAAAUCCCAUCAUUCUGGGCAAAAUCAGGAAAAAACAUAGAACUCAAAGUGUCACUGUGUCUCAUCUUGUCUACUUCUGUUAUUACACUUAAUGCAGGUUAUUAAAUACAUAUUUCGAAGCACUUGAACACAUCUUCAGUGAAGCACCUGGGGUCAUAGGGGGUUUCAGGUCUUUCAACCUCAUCUCCCCUCACUCAGGCGACCCGACUGGGAGUGUGUCCAAGUGGCAUUAGCCCAGUCCUUGUCCCUCCUAAUCCACAGUCAUCAUGAGGCUCUACUGAUGGCUUUCCUUUUCCUCACUCCACUGAUGCCAAGGAGGCUGCAGACCUUGCAAAUCGAUCUUCCUGCAAAGCCUCUGCCCCCCACGUCCAUGGGCAAACACCGAGUACACCACCCCCAUCUGCGACAGUCCUCUGCCAGCUCUGCACUUUCCCCUUCGUCCUUUCACUGGCCUCCUCCGUCUUCUGCUCCCAGGACACCGUAAGCUCAAGCAUGACCACCUGCUUUGGUUUGUCGGAGAACACCACCAUGUCUGGUCCGAGGCAAGGUUCUAAUAGUUUUGGAUUUUUCAUUCUAGUUUAGUUUUAUUUAGUUUUGACUUUUUUUCUCUAAUUCAGUUAGUUUUAAUUCGUUUUUAGAGCAGGUUUGAUAGUUUUUA